UUCCUCUUCCUUACACACCACCAAGGAGACUGUUGCCUCUAACGCCUAUAUUGUGCUCGAGCUCACAUCGACCAGAGCUCUCCUUGAUUUCCAUUGGCACCCAGAGGACGACGCUGUUGGCCUAGCGGAGUGAUUGAAGUUGUGAUUGAAGUUUGCCCUUCCGAGAAGGUUCUGAAUCCCCCUCUUGUUACAGCAACUAACAAGCAACACCCUCUGACCUUUGCUUGACAACUAUUGAUUAUAAAUUAAAAAUUAUGAUAUCGACCACUCACGUGUUAGAGAUGGCCGAUAACAAUACAACAACACGCUUGAACAAGCCUUGUACUGUUUGUGAAUCAUUAUCUUCUAAUCUUUUUUACGAGGAUCAUACUACCACUUGCACUUCCACUGAGAAUGGAAGCUCAGAUGCACUGAAUUCUGUGGAACAGAGUGCUGGUACACCCUCGACCAAUGCUGGUGACACCCCUAGUGGGAAGGACUUACUUAAACUUUUCGAUUCCCGAGAUUCGGUCGAUGAGUCGAGACCACCUACGAUGGUCCGGCCUGAGUCUCCGUUGAAGAGCGGCGAGACAAUGUUGAGCUUAACACGUGGUCGACCACGACCAAGACUGACAUCACCAACGAUCAAUGAUGGUCGCCGAUCUUCCCUCCUCUUCGCACAAAUAUCGCCACCAGCAGUGCCUCACCCUGGGGAUGUUGGUAACUACUCAGGCCAGGUCUUGAGGAGUUCAACUUCUCCAACAAAGUGUACUCCUCCACACCUGCAUGAUUUAAACAAUGAUCGCAUGUCUUGCGGGAGCAAGAACAAGACUAUCCCAUCUCCGACUGGAUCUGAAACCUUCAGCCCGGAGGUCGAAUUUCCAGUAUUCUUUUCAUUCCAACAAAUAGUUGGAUCUAUGAUGAAGAGUGUGACAGAGGGCGAGCGCCUUGGGCCAGGUCGCGGUGUGACCCUACAAGACUUUUUUGACGCAGCUGAUGCUGUAGCUAACGUGAUGGCUUCUAGCAUAUCAGCGCACCCUCAGCGAGUGAGCAGUGCUGGGGCGUGCUCUACUACUACGAGCAGAAGCUGCUGUCGUCGUGGGUCCUCUAGUCGAUGUGCGUACCUGGGCGUGAAACCCCCUAUAAGUCCAGACGGCCAGCGACGUGGUUCAUGGGUUGGAGGUAUGCGGAAUAGAUCAUCAACUGAAUAUAAUCGAUCAAGGUGCCUUUCCGCGUCCUCGUCCAUUCCCGAUUCACCUGGUGAUGACGAUGAAAGUCAAUAUUUUCCUCUUGGUCGUACGAGGAGCUUCACAGCGAGUACAGUAUCGCCCGCGACGAGCAGGAACGGUAACCUCUCGUCGAAGGCAUUACUACCGCGACGACGCAUACCGGGUGGUCCAAUGCAGCGUUUGACGGACUCUGUGACCAACGGCAAUAUGCGGCUCAUUGUGACGGAUGAUUCGGAUAGCACGGAGGAAGUUGGCGACACUUGUGAGGCGUCAGAGGUCGUCGUCGUCGCUGAUAGUGAAGCGUAUGGUAAACGUCCCGUAGGCUCGGGGAGUCCAGCGAAGUCUGAGUCGCUAUCACGACCGAGGAAGGGUUCGCUCAUCGAGGGUGCCUGUCGGCCGAGACGCAAUAGCAGGGCGGCAUGUUUCAUUGACGUCCAUCCUUCACCACAGACGAUAGCCUCGGCAGACGUGGAUUUCGGCAACCUCAUUGGAAGCGGCAGUUUCGGUGAUGUGUUCAAAGCCAAAUGCAAGGACACUGGUGAGUUCAUUGCCGUUAAAGUCGUCUCUUAUGAAGACGGGGACAAGGCGAGCGAAGUUGCUGCGAAGCAACUGGCGAAUGAGAUGGACAUAUUACAACAGUUGGAGCAUCCCAACAUUAUACGCUACCUUGGGCAUGAGUUCAUACCACCCAACGUAGAGUGGGAUCCUCUGCCACGGGACUCAGCAGUGCAUCAUAGACUGCUACAACAUCGAUGCAGUAUGGGCAGACUACUUGUGUUUACUGAGUACAUGUCGGGAGGAAGCGUGAAAGCCGCCCUGAACGAUUUUGGUGCUUUUGAAGAGCCCCAAAUCGCGAGUUACUCUCACCAGAUCCUCUCGGGUUUGGAAUAUCUUCAUAAGAGAUCGGUAUCUCACCGUGAUUUGAAAUGCGACAAUCUACUGCUAGAUGCAUAUGGUACGGUCAAGCUUGGUGACUUCGGUUCAAGUCGCCAAAUUGGCUCGAGCGUCGUCGUCACACAGUUGUCCGGCUCCAUACCAUGGAUGGCUCCUGAGGUCAUCUCGGCUGGGGAUAGCAAGGGGUACUCGAUAUCAGCAGAUAUAUGGAGUUUUGGUAUAGUUAUUAUAGAGAUGGCCACAGGCACACAUCCUUGGGGCAAGUUGGAGAAUCCUGUGAUGGCUAUUUAUAAGAUCCUGAGUUCGAAGACUGUCCCCUUCCCCGAAGGCGCGUCACCUCAGCUUAGUGAUUUCUUAUCUGCGUGCUUACAGUAUGAGCCAUGCGGACGGGCUACGUGUUCUGAACUACUUCGUCAUCCUUUCCUCACAAUGACGUUGUAGCAAUCGUCAAUUUUAGAGGGGGCUCAUGUGAGAUUGUUUGUGCAUAACGGUUAUUGCUAUUUGGACGAUCCUCACCUAAAAAAUUCACCCCAUGUGCACAUCCAUUGUGAGAUUGCGUUUUUUGUGGUUGGGUCCAUGUAAGGGUGAAAGAGGAUGUCAUUGAGGACCUGUCUGUUUGAUCGCCACGAGAUUUCCUGCUUUUUCGUGUGAUCUUUUUUCUUAUUUUCGAUAGUAUUAUGUAUAUGUGGUCGUAGCACAGUUACUUCGCCAAACUUCGUCAUAUCAACCAUAUGUGACUAAGGCUUGAUUCGCCCUACAUCGUGUAAGCUUCAUCAUGUUA